AUGGCGGCCGGGCAGGGGGGCGGCGGCGGCAACAACGGGAACGGCGGCGGGAGCGGCGCGGCGGGGCUGGGCAUCCCCGGCCACCUCACCCUCUCCUUCUCGGCCGGGCCGCACUGGGGCGCGGCCGCCCUGCCGCAGCCUCACACGGUGCGCAGCCUGGAGCGGGCCCUGGAGGAGGCGGGCAGCUCGGGCAUCCUCUGCCUCAGCGGGAGGAAGCUGCGCGACUUCCCCGGCAGCGGCUGCGACCUGAGCGACACCACGCAAGCGGAUCUUUCAAAGAACAGAUUUACUGAAAUUCCUCCUGACGUCUGGCUGUUUGCACCACUGGAAACUUUAAAUUUAUAUCACAACUGCAUCAAAUCCAUUCCAGAAUCUAUUAAAAACCUGCAAAUGCUCACCUACCUUAACAUUAGUCGAAAUCUUUUGUCGACGUUGCCAAAAUACCUGUUUGAUCUUCCACUGAAAGUUCUGGUUGUCAGCAAUAACAAGCUGGUCUCCAUUCCAGAGGAAAUUGGGAAGUUGAGAGAUCUGAUGGAGUUGGAUAUUAGCUGUAAUGAACUUCAGGUCCUUCCCCAGCAAAUAGGAAAAUUGCAGUCACUUAGAGAAUUGAACAUAAGAAGAAACAAUCUCCAUAUGCUGCCAGAUGAACUAGGGGACCUUCCCUUGGUAAAGCUGGAUUUUUCGUGUAAUAAAAUUACAGAAAUUCCCAUUUGUUACAGAAAGUUACGUCACUUACAAGUUAUACUUUUGGAUAACAAUCCAAUGCAGAUACCACCAGCACAGAUAUGUUUAAAGGGUAAAGUACAUAUAUUUAAAUUCCUCAGCAUCCAGGCGUGCCUCAGAAUAGACAAAAAACCGGAUUCUUUGGAUCUUCCAUCCUUAGGUAAACGAGUCCCCUCCCAACCACUCACAGACAGCAUGGAGGACUUUUAUCCCAAUAAAAAUCACGGACCAGACUCUGGCAUUGGAAGUGAUAAUGGGGAUAAAAGGUUGUCCACCACAGAACCAUCUGAUGAUGAUACAAUCAGCCUUCACUCCCAGGUAUCAGAAUCAACAAGGGAACAGACAUUAAGGAAUGACAAUCACGUAAUGGGGAGUAAACUCGAUCCACAGAAAGACCAGGAGGCCUAUGACUACAUUGAUCCAAAUGCAGAAGAGGGAGCUCUUCCUGAGCAGGGAGAUGCACAGAUUGGCACAUUGCUCUCCUAUGUCAAGGAACGGGGAAAACAUCCUGAGAAAUCCCAGAAAACAGAACAGAAUGAGGACUGGGGAGAUGAAAAAAGACUUCAGAAAGAACAGCUACUGGCUGAAGAUGAUGAUGAACUCAAAGAAGUGACUGACUUGAGAAAAAUAGCAGCUCAGUUACUGCAGCAAGAACAAAAACACAGACGGAGGCCUUUAAGCUAUAGGACCUCAUUCAGUGAGAAACUCUUCCAGAGGACGAGGGCGGCAGGACGUGCAUCCAGGCUUCUUAAUCAUUCAGUUUCAGUAAACACAAGGAACAGGCCAAAGCAGCCAAUGGAAUCUGAAAAAUGUGUCUCCACAAAUGAAGUGAAUUCCCCAGUGUCCCCAUACAACUGGCAGCCACUGGAAAACCAGAAAGAUUCAGUGGAUGAGCAGCAUUGGCCAGAAACACAGCCAGUGAUCUGGCAGAAUGAAGAAAGAAGGAGGAGUAAACAAAUUAGAAAAGAAUAUUUCAAGUAUAAGUCUUCCAGAAAGAGUUCAAGUGGAAAUGAAAAUGAUGAGCAAGACAGUGAUAAUACUAAUGUGUCCCCACAGUCUCCUGUGUCGUCUGAGGAUUAUGAAAGGACAGAGAGUAACACUCAUGGUCCAUUUGGUCUCAAACCAAGGUCAGGUAAGCUGUCGUUCUCCAACAUAGGGUGGAUUAUGAAAGGACAGAGAGUAACACUCAUGGUCCAUUUGGUCUCAAACCAAGGUCAGAAUCUUGAGUCAAGGUUGAAGGUGAUUUUGCCAGAUGACAUCGGAGCAGCGUUGAUGGAUGGGGUGGUUCUUUGCCAUUUAGCCAAUCACAUAAGGCCACGAUCUGUUGCCAGCAUUCACGUCCCAUCGCCAGCAGUGCCUAAACUCAGCAUGGCAAAGUGCCGAAGAAAUGUUGAAAACUUUCUCGAUGCUUGUAAAAAACUGGGUGUUCCACAGGAGAGACUUUGCCUGCCUCAUCACAUCCUGGAGGAGAGGGGUCUGGUGAAGGUUGGCCUCACAGUUCAAGCUCUGCUUGAAUUGCCGGCGUUGAAAGUGUCUCAGCUUUCCUCCGUGUGACGUGGCUUCUUGGAAGCUCAACAACUUCCCAUUUGCUCUGCUGAUAUGGAUUGCUCUGAGGCACUUCAGCCUCCUACAUGGGAACACCCAAGCCAUCAAAAACUAAUAUCUGUCCAGAUGCUGUAGAGAGCCUUACUCUGGAGCUGUGUGUGAAAACCUUGGAGUCAGUUCACAAUUGAAAGACCAUAAUUAAUCUUUCGUUCUUUCGUAAUUGGAUGUACAAAGAGAUCGUGGUAGCAUCAGGUUCUCUUUCUAGUUAAGUUAAAAGCUGCCAUUUAACAUCUCAGUGUUACAGUUAAAUGCUGGAUUUCUUUUUUUUACAUCGAAAAUGUUUGAAUUAUUUGAGAAGUACAAAGCACACCCCCCCCGUCACUUUAAUCUCUUGAGUCAAUCAUUUGAUUUUAAAGGUAAGACAAAAAUGUAGCCAUGGUGUGAUGGUAAGGAUGAGCAACUGAUCACUUGUAAUCCACUUUCACUCUCUGAAAGCUUAAUAUUUGCGUUCUUUAUUUUUUUUUUGCACUCCUGAUUGUAACUUUUACGCACUUCUAACAUUGCCAGUAUUGAGUCUGAGUGUAUGGUGAUUACACAAAGCAUACAAUGGGAAAAGGACACAUUUUAUUGAGUUUUUCCAGUCUUCUAGGUUGGUGCCAAAUAUUUUUUUUAAGUUGUACUGUAGAUUGUUUACAUGUGAAGUGCCUGUGUAAUUGAUAAUUCUUAAUAGUCUUAAACAUUUUUGAAAUUUCUUUGUUUAAAAUAGAUACAAUGGAAAUUUUUUAAUAUUUUAAUAGUUUUUUUGUAAAAUCACUAUGUGAAGGUUUAAGUAAUACUUCACAUUUUUGAUGUUGGGUGUUUUAAGUUUGUUGCACAAUUUAAUUGGUUAUUUGUUGUCUAAUAAUUAGAAAAUACUGUAAAUACUUUUUAUUUAUGAUAUUUAAUUUGAUAAUACCUAAUCACUUUUGGUUUAAUGUAUUGUUGGACAAAAAAAGAAAAAAAGCUGUCUACUUUUCUUUGUCUGGGACAAACAAAUACAACGAUUAAGACAUGAGGACUAGUGAUUCAUACAGAGUAAUUUAGGACAUUUUGAUAAAACUGCCAAAAUCUCAGGUUUACGCUGUGACGUUCAGGAUUUUGUGUAACGUUGCUCCUGAUCUCACAUUACAUUUUUACAACAGGUAUAUCCAUAAUUGAGUUGCGAAGUAUCAGUGUUUCUCUUUAGUGCUCAUGGGGUUUCUUGUGUAAUUCUGCACGAGUGUGGCACAGCGCUCUGCUCAGUUUGUAGAAACGUCACUGUGCUGAGACAGGAGAUUUUUCUGCAAAAAUGUGAGAAGGAAAAGUUUCCACUGUGGUGGUUUUUUGAAACUUCUGAGUUUGUGUUUGUUUGCUUCUGCACAAAUCCUUGGUGUUUUGAGAAUGUUCUGAAACCAUGCACAGUUGAGUUCUUCUCUAAGAAAAUUGCAAAUAAUUCCGUAAAUUUAAUAGGAAAUCUGUUUGUGUUAGCUUGUUCUUCAUGAAUAGGUAGCUCAAUUAAAAACAACGUUUUGACUGUCAUAGAUUUUCUAUUUUCGAUUAUUAUAUUCUGUUUCGAUUAUUAUUUUCUAUUUUCAAUUAUAUAUUGGAUUAUUUUCGAUUGAGGGAUGUGUUUGCCAAGCACGUAACAAGAUUUGAUUCCAUUCUGUUCUUUCCAAUUGUAAUAUAAUUCAUAAAAGAAUGAUGGAGGAGUAUUUUGUACUCCUUCUACUGUAGUCCCUAAAGUCAAUAGCUGACAGGAAAAAUCCUUUUUCUUAUGAAAAGUU